AGUGAGCCAUUGCACAGGAGUCUGUCACUUCAGCCACUAAGGAUAUUUCUGCAUUUGUGAACCUCCAGCACAGACCCGCUAAAGUUUCUCCAAAGCUGGUUGGAACGGCUUUUACUACGGAGCCAGAAAUUCCUUUUGUUGUUUGUGAGUGUCCAUGGAAACAGCUAUGGGAAAGUAUGCCACAGACCCCUAUAUUUCCCAGCAUGCUUGGCUCCACCUGUAGUGGGCAGGUGCAGCCGGAGAUGGGAGAGCACUGCGGAGAUCCUGUUUACCAAGAUGGAAGCCUGGUGUCUGGGUCGCUGGAAGUCUUAAUUGAGCGCCUUGUGCCUACUUUGGAUUAUUAUCCUGAUAAAACCUAUAUAUUCACCUUCUUGCUAAGUGCACGGAUCUUCAUUCAUCCUUAUGAGAUUCUGGCAAAAGUGGGACAAAUGUGCAUCAAGCAAAAACAACAACUGGAAUCUGGAUCUGAGGCAGACAAAGCUAAACUCAAAUCCUUUGCUGCAAAAAUCAUCCAGCUUCUGAGGGAAUGGACAGAAACAUUUCCUUUCGAUUUCCAAGAUGAAAGAGCCCGAAAAGAAAUGAAAGAGAUUGCCCAAAGGAUCACACAGUGUGAUGAGGAGAAUGGGACUAUCAAAAAAAGCAUCAGUCAGAUGACUCAGAACGUACUGGUUGUUCUCUCUACUCGAGGCCAGUUUCAGGAGGUCAGGGAAAAGAUCCGCCAGCCUGUCAGCGAUAAAGGCACCAUUCUGAAGACCAAACCACAAUCUGCUCAAAAGGACAUUUUGAGUGUGUGUAGUGACCCACUAAUUUUGGCUCAGCAACUUACUACUAUUGAACUGGAACGAUUAGGAAACAUUUUCCCUGAAGAUCUGAUGCAAAUCAUCAGUCACAUGGAUUCCUUGGAUAACCAUAAGUGCCGUAGUGAUGUCACAAAAACCUAUAACCUUGAAGCCUAUGACAACUGGUUUAACUGCCUAAGCAUGCUGGUGGCUACAGAAAUUUGCAAGGUGGUGAAGAAGAAGCAGAGGACCAGAGUGAUGGAAUUUUUCAUAGAUGUAGCCAGAGAAUGUUUCAACAUUGGAAAUUUCAAUUCCAUGAUGGCCAUCAUCUCUGGGAUGAACCUCAGUCCUGUAGCAAGGCUUAAGAAAACUUGGUCCAAAGUGAAAACAGCCAAAUUUGAUGUUCUAGAGCAUCAUAUGGAUCCAUCCAGCAACUUCUGUAAUUACCGUACAGCUCUGCAGGGAGCAACUCAGAGGUCCCAAAGUGCCAACAGCAGUCGAGAGAAAAUUGUAAUUCCAGUUUUCAACUUGUUCAUCAAAGACAUCUUUUUCCUUCACAAAAUCCAUUCGAACCGCUUACCCAAUGGACACAUCAAUUUCAAGAAAUUCUGGGAGAUUUCAAGACAGAUCCAUGAUUUCCUGACAUGGAAGCAGGUGGAGUGUCCAUAUGAGAAAGACAAAAAAAUUCAAACCUACCUACUAACUACGCCUAUUUACACGGAAGAAGCCCUUUUCCUGGCUUCCUUUGAGAAUGAAGGUCCAGAUAACCACAUGGAAAAAGACAGCUGGAAGACUCUCAGGUCAACACUUUUGAACAGAGCCUGAAAACAAUCAAAGCCUGAAGCACACACAGGAAUAAAAGAUUUUUAGUUUUUUGUUUUUCGAGCAGAACGUUCUGGUCAGGAAGCGAGUCCUCACUGGUUGGGGCUCACUGUUUUUGUACAUAAUCUUUUAUGAAACCUAAAAAUUAAUGGUAUAUAAAUAUAUAUUUCAUGCUUUAAGCACUUAUAAUGUAAAAGGGAAUUUUGUUUCUUAUUUUUGUGUUUUACUAAAAGAAAAAAUUUAAAAAAAAACCCUUUUGCUGCAAGUAUGGCCACUACACAAUGCAAAGAAUUUAUAUCCACAAACAAAUGCUUUGCAUGAGCCCUUAUAUUACAAAAAGAUUUAACUCUUCUAAUACAAGGGCCGGGCCCUGUGUUGACUAAGUACAGUAUAUGAUUGUUUUUAAGGAAAAGACAUUUGGGUUUUUACCCUUUCAUACCCAGCAUCCAUCUUUUCAUCCAUCGUUUGUAACCUACUGGCUGCCAUAGUAAUGUAAUUAACUGUAUCUGAACCAGGUGGUUACAGCACAGAAGCACUAGUCGCAUCAUACAAUUACAAUGUUCAUAUUUUUUAGACUAUUGUUAACAAAAUACUAGAUAUUUUCUAUAAAUCUGCUGCCAAUUUUCCUUAUACUAAGUUAUUAUCGAGAAGAAUACCCGUCGGACAUUUUGCAUGGUUUAUCUGAUAAACACUUUGCAGGUGUCAUUAAUUUAUAUUGUGUCUUAAAAAGAAGGAGCAAUCUUAUCUUUCAGCAAGUGUUAGUUCUCUGCAUUAUGGACUACUUAUAUUCUACAGCACACGUGCCAUCCGUAUCCGUAUCUGCUGCUAGCUGGUAUCUAGGAAUAGUCUCAGUAUUUUUCCAUAGAACGUAAUGUGUGCCACAUGCACUGCCAAAUGCAGUAUCUUAGCAGACUUCAAAACCAGCACUUAGGUGUACAGGAUCCUUGUUAGUGAAUACCAUUGUCAUAGCAUUGUUCUGAUGGAAGGUAAUAAUGGCACAAAAAUAGCACGCAGGGCAUUGCAAGUGCUGGUUUUCUUAAAGCCUUAAGGUGAAAUACAGUCUUACAGCUAUAGGGCCCCCUGUAUUCGUUGAAAGGAAGCCCCUGUAAAGUGGUCAGAGUUUACACUAAUGUCAUGCUACUGGACUCAAUAUACUCAAAUACCAUGGAUUGUUUAGGUUACGGUCUUCUAGAAACUGGAGAUGACCAUUGUGUCAUAUGUAUCAAUACUCAGUAGGUGGAAUCCAUUCACAGAAAAGUGCAUUGUUGAGACACAAAGAGGUCCAUUCACAUAAUAACCAAUAAAUGUAAUUUAUUGUCUAAAAUUUGAGUUUGUGUGUCUCAAAUCAUCAGUACCAUUAGCACAGCUAGUUUAUAUAAGGUACUUCCAAGAAAAUAUGGAUUUGUGAGAUAUUAACAUGUCUUAAUUUCCCCACUUAUAUGACUCAACAUGCUAGUGAAUUCUGUGUGAAAACACCACUACUCAUUCCGGGUCAACAAAAAUUGGGGCUUGCAGACCAAUAUAAAGCUUGUUAAACUCUGUUAAAUUCAAAUUCCAUUGUGUUACUGGGCUUGUAAGGGCUGCAAAGAAAUAAGAAUUCUGAAUAUCUGAGAUUUAACUCAUAUUUGGGUUGAAAUUUGUGACAGUAACUACUAUUUAUUUACCAUUGUAUUCAUUUAUCUUUCCUCUUUAAUAAGCAGGCCUCUCAACUUUUUGUAAGGGUGUAUAAUAAAUAAUCUGCCAUGAAA